CCUGAAGUUGGAACAAGAAGUAGAGAAGAACAAGCUACUGUCAGAGACUCUCCAGAUGUUGGCUACAGAGCACCAGGAACUAGACCAGCACUCCCUCUGUAAAGGCACACUAAACACACUCACAGAGGAUGACCUCUAUGAUGCCCUGUCAAGUCAAUCAAAUCCCAUCUGGUCUUCAUUAAACAUUUGGGAUGCAUCCCAAACGGCGCCCUAUUCCCUAUACAGUGUGCUACUUUUGACCAGGGCCUAAUGGGUAGUGCACUAGAAACACACUACAUAGGGAAUAGGGGGCCGUAUAAGUUCACAACAUCUGAUAUUUUUAUUCAGAGAAUUCAUAUUUUUAAUUGCAGGCUAUUCUGUUUUUCAUUGACCUCUAACUGUUGUUGACUUGGAUCAUUUCUGAAAGACCUCUACAAGCACCUCUAUACAAAACUAUCUAUUAACGCUUCUGGAGAACACAGCCAGUUUUAAGUGUCAAAGUUUAUUUGCACAAAAUACAGCAGGUGUAAAACAGUACAGUGAAAUUCUUAUUUACAAGCUCUUUCCCAACAAUGCAGUACUCAAUAUUCAGUAUCAAGGCGAGAGGAAAGAAUAUAAGGUACUACUAUAAAGUAAGAAAACACACGAGAAGUAUGAAAAGAAAGAAAGAAAAAAGUGCCAGUACCAUAAUUACAAUGUGCAGGUGGUACUGGAGUAGAUACUGUAUAUGUAAAUGGGUAAAAAGGAUAAAUAUUAAUGGUAAUAAUAAUCAAUAUAGCAGCAUCGUAAGUGGUGAAUGGGUGUGUGCAUGGUGAUGAGUGAUUGAGUGUGAAUACAUAAUGGUCCAGCUGACUAUUGUGGCUCUGCAGCAAUGAACUAUAAAGCUGAGUUGAGUCCUGGCUCCCUAACCUUAGCUCCUCCACACUGUUGUCAGAAGUGAAAACCACUUCCCUUGUGGAGUUGUUUCUGUGUUGAAGAAUAGGCUGGAGUGUAUAUAGACACAUUGUUUAUUUUUAUCAGCAGCACAGACACCUCUAGGCUCCAGCAACACAUAUUUAUCCAGCAGACAGUAGGCUCUGGGGCUGAGGAAGAUUUCACUCUUUUUUUUGGUCCUGUCUUUAUAUUAUAACUGGUUUGCAGUAUUCUUUGGCAGAGUUAAUAAUUGUUCUGUAUGACGUAUGAUUUUCUGCUGACUGCCAUAGCAAUGGGUAGCCUAUCCUUCAGAUGGUCCUCAUACACACACAUUUUCACCAUCUUUGAUUAUGCAAUAUCAUAAAACCUCAACUGUAAAUGGGUUGCUCAUGACCAUAUACAGCUCUAUCAGAUGAGAUCAUCACGCAAAGAGCAAGUUGAAGUUAAGAGCAACUUUAGAUUAUGUGUGUCUGGCUGUGUGUGCUUGGAACAUAAUUCACUACACAUGCUAAAGCGCCCACAGCAUGGUCCAUUGCCCCAGAAGGUCCCCAGGGCACCUCAGCCACCCCAGCCUCCCUCCACGUCUUCCUGUCUAAUGACCAAUCCCAGCGAUGCAUUACACAGCUGGUUACCCAACCUGCUACACUGGCUAAUUGUCUCCAUGUUGGGCUCAAAGAACGUCCCUUAGUACUAGUGUUGCAGAGAAGUAACAACCUCAAAAUGGCCUCUGCUAAUGAAUCCCAAGGCUGAGGCAGCUAGCUAGUGCUUCUUCUUAAGGAUGAGAUAUUCUCCCAAAUGGAAAAGAUAUAGAAGAAUUUAACAAGAUUCUUAUGUUCUACCUGGAACUUGUAAGCAAUAGAUAUGGCAACAAAUACACAUACAAGAUUCAUGGAAGAUUCUUGUAAUAUGACUUAUAUGGGUGGAUGACAUUUUAACAUAACCAAAAUGUUGCACAUAUUGUAUAAAAAACAUACAAGAGACAUGUAAGCUAAGCCUUCUAAGGUCUCUCAUACAUGGGACAUACACAUUUCUAAGAACUUAGAUCAUAGUAAUAGCAAGCUGUUGCAUGUAUUGUAUGAAAAACAUAUGAAAGACAUGUAAGCUAAAAGACCAUUUACGCUUGCUCUGGGAAUGCAAUACGGAAGCUCCAUACGGAGGGUGUGACGCAAUUGCAGAGCCUCCGGAGGGUUGCGGAGGCCAAAUUGAGCUCCGAACCGCAUCGCUGUGCGCCUCCCAAACUGUUCUAACAAUGCGGAGGGCUCCAUAUAGCUCUGCAUUGACAUGAUUGGUUGACGGUAGGUGGGGGCGGGAGGUCCUGUAUAAACACAAACUCACUUGAGAAAUGUGUAUAUACAAAUAUUGUAUUUUUCUUAUAGUAAUUGUCAUGUUUUUUAUAUGUUGACUUAUAAAAACAAUGUGGAACCUAUAAGAAAAGCAUUUAUUUUGUAGAGGUUACAUUGUCAGAACAUACACUUUUCUUAUAAUAUUCAUUGAUGACUUUAUAAUUCAUAUAAACUGAGUAUACAAAACAUUAAAAACACCUGCUCUUUCCAUGACAGACUGACCAGGUGAAAGCUAUGCUCCCUUAUUGAUGUCACUUGUUUAAUCCACUUCAAUCAGUGUAGAUGAAGGUGUUCCUAAUGUUUGGUAUACUCAGUGUAUUUUGUCAUACAAUGUACAUGUAGGAAAGUGGCCACUUACUGUAAGUAUUCGAUUGUGUUUUGUCAAACAAGGCUAAACAUACAAUUUAAAUUUUGGAAUAGAGGAUGCAUGUACAAAUCAUUUAUUUGUAUCUUACCUGAUUCUUACUAGAUUUUUGUACAAGUAAUCUACUUCUGCCAUACAAGAUACUUAUUUGAAUUUCAUGAUUAUUUUCCAUUUAGGCUCUCGUUUCAGGCAGAAAUACUCAUCUCUCGCUGUAGCUAGGCUCUAAAAUUCAACUCCAUUCAAAAGGAACUGGUUCAGUGAAACCUCGUAUGAAUAUGAUAACAUAAUACUUUAACCAGGUUGACAUUCACAACGUCGCAGGGCCAAAUGGAUUACCAGGACACGUACUCAAAGCAUGUGCUGACCAGCUGGCAAUUGUCUUCACUGACAUUUUCAGCCUCUCCCUGAACCAAUCUGUAAUACCUACAUGUUUCAAGCAAACCACCAUAGUCCCUGUGCCCAACAACGCCAAGGUAACCUGUCUAAAUGUCUAUCGCCCCGUAGCACUCACAUCUGUAGCCAUUAAAUGCUUUGAAAGGCUGGCCAUGGCUCACAUCAACACCAUCAUCCCACACACCCUGGACCCACUCCAAUUCAAAUACACAGAUGACACAAUCUCUAUUACACUCCACACUUCCCUCUCCCACCUGGACAAGAGGAACACCUACGUGAGAAUGCUGUUCAUUGACUACAGCUCAGCGUUCAACACCAUAGUGCCCUCAAAGCUCAUCACUAAGCUCGGGACCGAACACCUCCCUCUGCAACUGGAUCCUGGACUUCCUGACGGGCCGCCCCCAGGUGGUGAGGAUAGGCAACAACACAUCCGCCACACUGACCCUCAACACGGGGGGCCCCUCAGGGUUGCGUGCUUAGUCACCUCAUGUACUCCCUCUUCACCCACAACUCAGUGGCCGCGCACGGCUCUAACACCAUCAUUAAGUUUGCUGACAAGAUGACGGUGGUUGGCCUGAUCACCGACGACGAUGAGACAGCCUAUAUGGAGGUCAGUGGCCUGGCAGUGUGGUGCCAGGACAACAACCUUUCCCUCAACGUCAGCAAGACAAAGGAGCUGAUCGUGGACUACAGGAAACGGAGAGCUGAGCACGCCCCCAUCCACAUCGACGGGGCUGUUGUGGAGCGGGUCGAGAGCUUCAAAUUCCUCGGUGUCCACAUCACUAAGGAAUUAUCAUGGUCUACACACACCAACACAGUCGUGACGAAGGCACGACAUCUCCUCUUCCCCCUCAGGAGGCUGAAAAGAUUUGGAAUGGGCCCUCAGAUUCUCAAAAAGUAAUACAGCUGCACCAAUGAGAGCAUCUUGACUGGCUGCAUCACUGCUUGGUAUGGCAACUGCUUGACAUCCAACCGCAAGGCACUACAAAGGGUAGUGCGUACGGCACUGGGGCUGAGCUCCCUGCCAUGCAGGACCAAUAUACCAGGCGGUGUCAGAGGAAGGCCCUAAAAAUUGUCAAAGACUCCAGCCACAGAACUCAUGGACUGUUCUCUCUGCUACCGCACAGCCAUCGGUACCGAGUCUGGAACCAACAGGACCCUGAACAGCUUCUACCCCUAAGCCAUAAGACUGCUAAAUAGUUAGUCCGGGUAGGUAUUGGUUAACUAUUUAACUAUCUGCAUUGACCCCUUUUUGCACUAAUCUGUUUGACUCAUCACAUACGCUGCUGCAACUGUUUAUUAUCUAUCCUGUUGCUUAUUCACUUUAUACCUAGCUAUAUGUACAGUACAUACUGUAUCUACCUCGUACCCUUGCACAUCGACUUGGUACUGGUACCCCGUGUAUAAAGUCAAGAUAUCGUUACUCAUUGUGUAUUUAUUUCUUGUGCUAUUAUUUCUCUUUUUUUCUCUCUGCAUUGUUGGGAAGGACCUGUAAGUAAGCGUUUCACUGUUAGUCUACACCUGUUGUUUAUGAAGCAUGUGUCAAAUACAUUUGAUUUGAUUUUGAUAUAACCAGAGGAAAUGGAAUUGUUAUCUAUAGUAAUUACUCUAUGCUUGGCCUUAAUGUGAACUAACAAUGCUUUAGUACUGAAAUAGAUAUAGCACUCUGUAGUGGCCUGCUCCAGCACAGUGUACAGUCCAUUUGGAAAGUAUUCAGACCUCUUCCCUUUUUCCACAUUGUGUUACGUUACAGCCUUAUUCUUAUUAUUAAAAUGGAUUAAAUGAAUUCAAUCUACACACAAUACCCCAUAAUGAAGCGAAUUUAUUUACAUAAGUAUUCAGACCCUUUGCUAUGAGACUCGAAAUUGAGCUCAGUUGCAUCCUUUUUCCAUUGAUCAUCCUUGAGAUGUUUCUGCAACUUGAUUUGGAGAGGCACACACCUGUCUAUAUAAGGUCCCACAGUUGACAGUGCAUGUCAGAGUAAAAACCAAGCGAUGAGGUUGAAGGAAUUGUCCGUAGAGCUCCGAGACAGGAUUGUGUCGAGGCACAGAUCUGUGGAAGUGUACCAAAACAUUUCUGCAACAUUGAAGGUCCCCAAGAACACAGUGGCCUCUAUCAUUCUUAAAUGGAAGAAUUUUGGAACCACCAAGGCUCUUCCUAGAGCUGGCCGCCCGGCCAAACUGAUUAAUCGUGGGACAAGGGCCUUCGUCAGGGAGGUGACCAAGAACCCGAUGGUCACGCUGACAGAGCUCCAUAGUUCCUCUGUGGAGAUGGGAGAACCUUCCAGAAGGACAACCAUCUCUGCAGUACUCCACCAAUCAGGCCUUUAUGGUAGAGUGGCCAGACGGAAGCCACUCCACAGUAAAAGGCACAUGACAGCCUGCUUGGAGUUUGCCAAAAGGCACCUAAAGGACUUUCAGACCAUGAGAAACAAGAUUCUCUGGUCUGAUGAAACCAAGAUUGAACUCUUUGGCCUGAAUGCCAAGCGUCACAUCUGGAGGAAACCUGACCCCAUCCCUACGGUGAAGCAUGGUGGUGGCAGCAUCAUGCUGUGGGGAUGUUUUUCAGCGACAGGGACUGGGAGACUAGUCAGGAUCGAGAGAAAGAUGAACAGAGCAACGUACAGAGAGAUCCUUGAUGAAAACCUGCUCCAGAGCGCUCAGGACCUCAGACUGGGGCGAAGGUUCACCUUCCAACUGGACAACGACCCUAAGCAUACAGCCAAGACUACGCAGGAGUGGCUUCGGGACAAGUCUCAAUGUCCUUGAGUGGUCCAUCCAGAGCCCGGACUUGAACCCGAUCGAACAUCUCUGGAGAGACCUGAAAAUAGCUGUGCAGCAACGCUCUCAUCCAACCUGACAGAGCUUGAGAGGAUCUGCAGAGAAGAAUAGGAGAAAUUCCUCAAAUACAGGUGUGCCAAGCUUGUAGCAUCAUACCUGUGACAACCCUCCCACUCUGUCUGCCGAAUUCUUUCUCUCUGCUCUUGUUUUCCUUAAUAGGAUGUAGGUGGGCGGAGCUGUGAGGGUCGUCAGCGAAAUGGGACACACCUGGGCUCAGGUGUAAAUACACCUUCCCCCAUAUAUCAAGGAGACUCUCUCCAUGCAGACACACUGUUGUUGUUUUGUUGUGGCAUUUUGGGGCUUCUUUGUGUUGGUUUGUUUUGGCACCUCAACACCAUCUAUGCACGCAUCCACUCACUUACACUACUGACUACUGAUACACACACCAUUGUUACUUGUAAAUAGGUUACUUUAUUUAAUAAAUAUAUUUUUGUUAUUUCUGAAUCUCAGCGUUGUCUCCCUCUUUGUUAUGGGCUAAGAGCCGGUUCGUAACAUACCCAAGAAGACUCGAGGCUGUAAUCGCUGCCAAAGGUGCAUCAACAAAGUACUGAGUGAAGGGUCUGAAUACUUAUGUAAAUAUGAUAUUUGUGUUUAAUGUUUUAUAACUCUGCUAAAAUGUCUAAAAACCUGUUUUUGCUUUGUCAUUAUUGGGUAUUGUGUGUAUAUUGAUGAGGGGAAAAAACGAUUUAAUCCAUUUCAGAAUAAGGUUUUAACGUAACAAAAUGUGGAAAAAGUCAAGGGGUCUGAAUACUUUCCGAAUGCACUGUACCUUAGAGCAGGUUUCCCCAACUGGCGGCCCACAGAUGAUUUUUAUUAUUGUAAUUGUUUUUAUUGUUGGACAUAAAGUACUGUAAAAACACCAGCAAAUCAGCUCCAAGUUAUUUUAAUUUUGGAAAUCUGUUCCGAAGUUUUCCCACACAAUAGAGAAAUAUAUGUGGUUGUAUACAAAUGUAAGCAAGGUUUCAAAUUAUUGUUUUAUUCAAAUAUUUAUCUGUUUGGCUACUUUCGGUCAAUUUGCAGUCUACAAAUUAUUUGUAAUUAUGUUCCGGACCCCUGACCAGCCGCUCAAGAAAAAAUUGGCCCGAGGCUGAAUCUAGUUGAUCCCUGCCCUAGAGCCUUGCAGUAUAGUGGUUGAUACUGUAUACAGGCUACAAUAGGAGUGUGCUGCUGUGCUAUACAGUUUGUGCAUUUUAGAGUGAUCCCUGUUACUCUAGGAUUGUUGUUUACUGCAGCUAUAAUGAGAUGAUGAUAAAGAUCGACCAGCAUGUUAUGGGGCAUUAUGAGACCUCUAUCUUGUUUGUGUUUGUUGUUUGCAUAAUAAAGAUGCAUCAACGCAUCAUGUCCAUUUCUUUGAUUGAACUUUAUUAUUGGAUUAAGCCACAUGACCAACAUUUAUAAAUAGCAUUUCUCUAUAACAAGAGAUUUGAAGCUUUGUUGUUCCCAUAACUGAGAUUUGAAGCUUUGUUGUUCCCCAACUUUAGAAUUCAAAUGCUUUAUUGGCAUGUCCAAAAAAUUGUAUUGCCACAAUCAUUAAGUUAUUGAAUAUUUGAUCAUAGUCAUGCCAGCUCCCUUACCCCUGCCUCACAUGAAGCACUACAAAAACUAUUAUACAAUAUUAUUUGAUAGAGUAUCUCAGCAGCUCCUCAUUGUGUAAAGAUUAUGUUUUCCCCUCCCCCUUUUCCUGGGUGUUACUACCUGUGUUGCCCCUAGUAGCAGCAGCGUGAGGUCUAGGUUAGAGGCGGAGCCAUGGUACUGUACUAACCACAGCAGGCACAGCACCCGGAGGAAGCAGAGCGUCUGUGUGGCUUCUCAUUGGAACACUAUCCCACAGGUGGGGUUUCGCUGGCUCCAGGGAGGGAGAGGAGGAGGCGAGAGUUCAGUCAGUCACUACCGGGUGGAGGAGUGUGAGGGCAGGUUGCAGGUCUAAGUAUAGGGUUUUGGGGCUAGGUUUAAGCUAAGCUUAAAAUGUUUUGGACUGAGCUCAAACGUGACGUGACCCCCUCUCUGUUUCUGGCUACUGGCAUCCCCCUCCUGCAGAUUCCGAGAACAAGCGUUCUCUCUCUCUGAACGGCUUCCUGUCUGUGGUCGGACUCUCGUUUGAAGAGGAGGAAGGGGGGGAGAGAGCCCCCUCUGUUCAGCAGCAGCCUCCGUUGCCGUACCACCCUCAGGGGACCCGCCACCGCCAGCGGAAUGUCCGGGGAGGGUAACCGUGGUGACCAGAAGGCCCAGUGCAAUGGAGUAAAGAAGCACAGGUGGGAUCCCGCUCUACCUAAUAUGAUGUAACGUCUUGUUUCCCACGUUGUUUCCAGCUUGGUUUUCUUGUCCCCUUUCUUCUCCAGUGCGUGUAAUAACAAGGCUUGUAUCAGUGUUUGUUUCAUGUACUCAAGUUUAUUCCAUCAUUAUUUAUAUUUGAUCGUUAUGUUUCAUUUAAAAAGUGUUUUUAUCACUUGUGACAUUUUGUAGGAAAUUACUUUUGUAGGAAAGACUCACCAGUCACAAUGUUGUUACUGCUGACGUCCAUAAUGCCAUUAUAAUGCUUAAUAUUUGAUCACUUAGCAUAAGUCUUUGAUGACUGUCCCGUGGAGCUCAGUUGGAAGAGCAUGGCGUUUGCAACGCCAGGGUUGUGGGUUCGUUUCCCACGGGGGGCCAGUAUGAAAAAUAUAUAUGUAUGCACUCACUAACUGUAAGUCGCUCUGGAUAAGAGCGUCUGCUAAAUGACUGUUGUUGUUCAGAGUAGACUGUCAGCAGCCAGCGGCUCUACAGGAUACUGUAUGUAAUGUGAUACCCCGGUCUGUCUGUCUUUCUAUUCCAGUGUUUUUUGUUUGCGCACCCAAGCCCCAUAGACAGGUCUCUCUUGUUUUUCCAUCCACAGUUAUGUAAUUCAGAUUCAGCAGGCUAGUUGCUUGUUGGUGCUUGGUACACUGGGUCAGAGCAGAAAUCUUUUUGAAGAUUGGCCAAUCAACUUUAUUUCCGUGGAUGAGGAUGGUGGUUCUUAAUCCAACAAUUGAACAGUGAAUAAUUUAGUGCUUGCCAGUUUAGAGAAACAAAGACCAAGAGGAAAGGGAUGUGUGUGUCUGUCUGUGUGUGUGCUUGUGUACAUGCAUGCACCUUUGUGUGUGUUCUAAGAGACAGUCAGACAUGCUCUCAUAAAGGAGAUGGGAUUUGUUCAUUUCCUACCUCAGUAUGUUAAAGAGAACUAGUUUUUAAUUUGAUACCUCGAUUUGUAAUCCCUUGUGAUCUUCUGUGGCCCACAAGCGUACGAUAAAUCCUUGAUUAUGCAAAAAUGCGUUUUUAGGCUUGAUUUGAUUCGAGAGGAAAUGUAAAAUGAUAGCUAUGGGAAGUGAAUGAAGCUUCAGAGUGAGUGUAGGUAGUUACAGGAGGAGUCAGUUCAUUCAGCCUAAUAUGUUAUGCUGUGUUAUGUAGCUGACAUAAGUACUGCUCCGCCAUGCUCCACUGGCCUGCUCAUUCCACUGUUGAUAAGAGAGAGGGUUAGGAUUUAGCCCCACAGCCCUCCUCUUUCCAUCUCUCCUCAAUCUCCCUCCUCCUCUCAAUCGCCUGUUGCGUUUGUUUAGUCGGAGCGUCAGCAUUCAUUGUAUAUAGGUGCUUCUCUGCUCAUCUCUGAGCAAACACACCGUCUGACUCACACAUACACAUACACACACACACUAGUGAUGCGUGGGUUGACUCAUAACCCGCAGCCCCCACGGUUAUAUCCGCGGGGCAGGUGGGUUUAGGUCAUGAAAUAUUGUGCGGAUGAAGGGCCGAUGUGUGGCGGUCAGGUUGAAUAAAGAGAAAACAAUACAUUAAAAAAUUCAUAAAUGUAUCAUUCUUGUGCAUCUAUAGGCUACAUUUAGGUUUUUCUUUCAUUAUUUUUAGUAUAUAUGGCAUACUAAUAGACUACACGCCAAUCCCCAAAUAGCCUACACACCAAACGCUUUUGUGAACGUGCAGUAAAAGAUAACAUUGAUCCACUGAGGCAAAAAGGACAAUGUCGGAAUUUAAUUCAAUAACAGAAAAGCUGCGAAAUGGAGAAUUGAAAAUAAAGAGAAGGCACGGCCAGAAAAAUAAUGUUUGGGAAAGAUUUGGUGAAGUGGUAAAAGAGGAUGAUAGCAGUGCUAGCUAUGUUAUGUGUGAUGAUUAUGAGGUGCUAUAAAAAUUUGACAGUCACAAGACGGGGUCUUCAGAUUGGCCUAUGGCAAGUCAACAAAACUGUAGCCUACUGUUCAGAUGGGUUAAAUGGAAACUGAAAUCUGGACACUCACUGUAGGUCUAUAAUGUCUCACAUAGUCUUAAUAUCAUUCCUGCAGAAUUAAGCAUUUCUUGCAGUAAAAUUAUACACCAAAUGUACAAUUUGACUCGGGAACAGGAGUGGAGAAAUAUGAUUUAUUUCUUUCAGCAUCUUGAGAAAAUGCGAAUGUGCAGUUAGGGACUGUCUGGAGAGGUGCUAUCUUUAUCAGCAUCAAAAAGCUGAUAGUAUUUCAACCACCUAAAAUAUGCAUCCAAGCUGAACUGAAAUCUUAUCAGAAAAAUGUUGGGUUGUUUUCACAGCGUUCUAUUUUGCACUGAAAAUCGUUCACAUGUUUUUUUGUUGUUGUUGUUGUCAUUUAGCAGACGCUCUUAUCCAGAGCGACUUACAGUUAGUGAGUGCAUACAUUUUUCAUACUGGCCCCCCAUGGGAAACGAACCCACAACCCUGGCGUUGCAAGCGCCAUGUUCUAUCAACUGAGCUACAGCGGACUAUCAUUUUUGUUAUUGCAUUUUGUCCCCUGUCCCUAAACGUCCUUGCUCUGUGAAAGAAGCAGAGAUUACAUAACAUUUCACCAAUAUCAACUAGAUUGAAGCAUUCAUUCUAUCGAUUUAUGACAUUAUUCUGGUGAGCAAGGGUUUAUUUAGUCUUCUAGGGCAACAUAUAAUUACAGAAGGGAAGCUGCAUGUAUCUAAUUAUAGACAAGUUUACUAACAAAUAGCCUACCAACAUUUCUGAAAUUAUAAGCAGAAACAUAUCUAAAUGAGGCAACAACAAAAAAUCCUGCACCCCGUCAAUAAAUUGUUACGCCGUCUCUGACUGUAGUCUACAUCACAUUUUCUAUAUUUGCUGGUUAGGGUCGGGUGUGGGCUUCAGAUUUUCACUUUAUCACAUAUAGCCGAGCCAUUGGAGAUGGGUUAUUAGCAAUUGCGUGCGGGUGAACAAACAGCUGACCGGUGCGCCUUUAAUACACACACACACACACACACACAGGAACACAUGCACACUCUCCCAUUCAUUCAUGGUUAUUGCACGAGGCUUGACCGCAGCAGCUACAGUUAGCUCAUUAGCUGUCAGGUGUCAGGUAACUCUGUUUCCUAAUGGCAAGGCAAGACGAGGCAACUCAGUUUCCAAAUAGUAGGUCAAGCCGUCGCUGAUAUUCCAGAUAAGGUUAAUGUAAUACAGCUGUCUGCAUAACUAAAUGGUGACUUUUCUUUAUUUUAGAAACAUGCCAAAAUGUUAACAAUCCUGAAGACACAAUGAUAAAGACCGUAGUUGUAUAUUCUAAACAUGGUUCUCCAUUAACAAAGUCGAGAACAUCACAUAAAACCAAGGACACAAGCUUAAAUACAAAUGCACAUACUUAGAAAGUAGAGACACACCUCACCAACAACAACAAGAUACUGUACCACUAUCUGAUAAAUGUGAUAGCCUAGAGCGUUGCUAAGAUGUAGGAGGAAGAGAGCUGUGCAUUAUCUAUACAGUAGCUAUAUCUAGCCCUCGGUGGAAGUAUGCUACUGUAAGAGACUGGCUUAAACCCCUCAUCAAUUACUCUGUCACCAUAGUCCUUGAGUGUAUUUUUAACUUGUUUGUAUUCUUCUGACACUGUUUCCUAGCCUGGUUCACACUCAAAGCUGGGACCGAGAGAAUGACAAACAGCUUCUAUCUCAAGGCCAUCAGACUGUUAAAUAGCCAUCACUAGCACAUUAGAGGCUGCUGCUGCCUAUUGAAAUCACUGGCCACUUUAAGAAAUGGAACACUAGUCACUUUAAUAAUGUUUACAUAUCUUGCACUACUCAUCUCAUAUGUAUAUACUGUAUUCUAUAAUAUUCUACUGUAUCUGAGUCCAUGCCGCUCUGUCAUUGCUUGUCCAUAUGUAUAUAUUCUUAAAUUCCAUUCCUUACUUAGAUUUGUGUGUAUAUAUGUUGUGAAAUUGUUAGAUAUUACUUGUUAGAUAUUACUGCACUGUCGGAGCUAGAAGCACAAGCUACACCCGCAAUAACAUCUGCAAAACACGUGUAUGUGACAAAUUAAAGUUGAUUUGGUCCCAAAUCUGUUUUUGCCGUUUGGCGUGACAAUGACCAUAGGAGUUGACCAUAGUAGUUGGUAAGACAGCACAAACAGAUCUGGGACCUGGCUAAGUGUACAGUAUGCAUCCCUGUGUCUGUAUUCAGUGGGAGUACUCCAUUUAGAUUUGACCUUGUUGUUUGUCCGUUCCUUUUCUAUCCCACAGAAUGUCUUUACCAGCGCCCAUGUUCUCCAGGAAUGACGUCAGCAUUUGGAGCAUCCUGAAGAAAUGCAUCGGCAUGGUGAGAAUUCACUCUCAUUAUUUAUUUAAAGAAAAGUACAGUACUGUGUUGGCACAUCCAAAAAAGCACCGGAGCAGGAUAGAAAUGUAUCAGGCUGGGCAAAGAAAGAAAGGGAUGUUCGUUCACUGUUUCCUGCUCUCCAAAAAAGUUGUAAUCAAACAGUGAGCAAGCCUUUCUUCCACCGAGGCCUAGAUAUAGCUACUCUCUGCCAAGAAUUCAGACACAAACAAACAUGAUUUCCAGGACCAAGUUUGAGAAACCCUGCUGUAAAAGACUCUGGUCAUUAGUAGGGGUCUGUAGGGACACUAAUACCCUCUCUCCACUUCCUGGAUGAAAUUUUAUUGGAUCUAUUCAUAGGAAAUAGGGUGCCAUUUGGGACAGCCCUGGUGUAGAGGCAGCUGUCACCGUUGGCAAUGGAGAAACUGUCUUGACUAUGUUUGUCCUCUACAGUGAGGGGAAAAAAGUAUUUGAUCCCCUGCUGAUUUUGUACGUUUGCCCACUGACAAAGAAAUGAUCAGUCUAUAAUUUUAAUGGUAGGUUUAUUUGAACAGUGAGAGACAGAAUAACAACAACAAAAAUCCAGAAAAACACAUGUCAAAAAUGUUAUAAAUUGAUUUGCAUUUUAAUAAGGGAAAUAAGUAUUUGACCCCCUCUCAAUCAGAAAGAUUUCUGGCUCCCAGGUGUCUUUUAUACAGGUAAUGAGCUGAGAUUAGGAGCACACUCUUAAAGGGAGUGCUCCUAAUCUCAGCUUGUUACCUGUAUAAAAGACACCUGUCCACAGAAGCAAUCAAUCAAUCAGAUUCCAAACUCUCCACCAUGGCCAAGACCAAAGAGCUCUCCAAGGAUGUCAGGGACAAGAUUGUAGACCUACACAAGGCUGGAAUGGGCUACAAGACCAUCGCCAAGCAGCUUGGUGAGAAGGUGACAACAGUUGGUGCGAUUAUUGGCAAAUGGAAGAAACACAAAAGAACUGUCAAUCUCCCUCGGCCUGGGGCUCCAUGCAAGAUCUCACCUCGUGGAGUUGCAAUGAUCAUGAGAACGGUGAGGAAUCAGCCCAGAACUACACGGGAGGAUCUUGUCAAUGAUCUCAAGGCAGCUGGGACCAUAGUCACCAAGAAAACAAUUGGUAACACACUACGCCGUGAAGGGCUGAAAUCCUGCAGCACCCGCAAGGUCCCCCUGCUCAAGAAAGCACAUAUACAUGCCCGUCUGAAGUUUACCAAUGAACAUCUGAAUGAUUCACAGGAGAACUGGGUGAAAGUGUUGUGGUCAGAUGAGACCAAAAUGGAGCUCAUUGGCAUCAACUCAACUCGCCGUGUUUGGAGGAGGAAUGCUGCCUAUGACCCCAAGAACACCAUCCCCACCGUCAAACAUGGAGGUGGAAACAUUAUGCUUUGGGGGUGUUUUUCUGCUAAGGGGACAGGACAACUUCAUCGCAUCAAAGGGACGAUGGACUGGGCCAUGUACCGUCAAAUCUUGGUUGAGAACCUCCUUCCCUCAGCCAGGGCAUUGAAAAUGGGAGUGGAUGGGUAUUCCAGCAUGACAAUGACCCAAAACACACGGCCAAGGCAACAAAGGAGUGGCUCAAGAAGAAGCACAUUAAGGUCCUGGAGUGGCCUGGCCAGUCUCCAGACCUUAAUCCCAAAGAAAAUCUGUGGAGGGAGCUGAAGGUUCGAGUUGCAAAACGUCAGCCUCGAAACCUUAAUGACUUGGAGAAGAUCUGCAAAGAGGAGUGGGACAAAAUCCCUCCUGAGAUCUGUGCAAACCUGGUGGCCAACUACAAGAAACGUCUGACCUCAGUACUUGGUGGCAAAACCCUUGUUGGCAAUCACAAAGUCAUGUUUUGCAGAGGGGUCAAAUACUUAUUUCCCUCAUUAAAAUGCAAAUCAAUUUAUAACAUUUUUGACAUGCAUUUUUUUGGAUUUUUUUGUUGUUAUUCUGUUUCUCUCACUGUUCAAAUAAACCUACCAUUCAAAUUAUAGACUGAUCAUGUCUUUGUCAGUGGGCAAACGUACAAAAUCAGCAGGGGAUCAAAUACUUUUUUCCUUCACUGUAUAUGGGGCUUAAUGAGUUAGAUCCAUGGCACUCUAUUGUUUUAGCCCAGGAUUCCUGCUGAAACGUGGGCCUUUUAAUGACCCUCCAGAGACUAGUCGGUACUGGUGUCAAGCAGUGUUCCAGACUGGGGACUAGCCUAGAGCUUAUUGAUGAUGUUAUUUCAAACCUCUGUCAUCGAAACACCAUUAUGUGUGCUUUACAGGGAAUUUCACUCUAUUGCCAGUGUAGCCUAGCGGUUAGAGCAUUGGGCCAGUAACCGAAACGAUACCCCCCCCCUUUGCCUUCAGAACAGCCUCAAUUCGUUGGGGCAUGGACUCUACAAGGUAGGUGUCAAAAGCAUUCCACAGGGAUGCUGGCCCAUGUUGACUCCAAUGCUUCCCACAGUUGUGUCAAGUUAGCUGGAUGUCCUUUGGGUGGUGGACCAUUCUUGAUACACACGGAAAACUGUUGAGUGGAAAAACCCAGCAGCGUUACAGUUCUUGACACACUCAAACCAGUGCGCUUAGCACCUACUACCAUACCCCGUUCAAAGGCACUUAAAUAUUUUGUGUUGCCCAUUCACCCUCUGAAUGGCACACAUACACAAUCCAUGUCUCAAGGCUUAAAAAUCCUUAUUUAACCUGUCUCCUCCCCUUCAUCUACACUGAUUGAAGUGGAUUUAACAGGUGACAUCAAUAAGCUUUCACCUUGAUUUACCUGGUCAGUCUAUGUCAUGGAAAGAGCAGGUGUUCCUAAUGUAUUGUACACUCCGUGUAUAUUUGUCUGUGUGGGCUGUGAAUGAACUUCAUUGCUUGUGUGUUUCCUUACCCCUCUCUCUGACUCUUCGGCUCCUCUCUUCACUCCCCAACCAGGAGCUGUCUAAGAUAGCAAUGCCAGUGAUCUUCAACGAGCCCCUUAGUUUCCUGCAGCGGCUGACAGAGUACAUGGAGCACACGUACCUCAUCCACCAGGCGAACACCACCACAGACUCCAUUGAGAGGAUGAAGGUAGCUAGAUUAUAAUCAUCCUCUUAGAUAGACACACAUGAGUUUUCACUCAUAAUUACCGCAGUAGUACCUACUCUUUUUGCUGUGCUCAUCUACAGCUACUAACGUUACAAACUUCUGUUAAUCUGUGAUGGUUUCAGUGUGUUGCAGCGUUUGCUGUGUCUGCUGUAGCAUCACAGUGGGAGAGGACGGGAAAACCCUUCAACCCACUACUGGGAGAAACCUAUGAGCUGAUCAGGUUAGACCUUAGGUAGACUUUUCUGUAUGUGUUGUGAGUUGGUGUGUUACCACUAGUCGUACUAGUUGGUGACUCAAGACGUCUUCAAAAUACAUCUCAACAGGUCAGAUGUCUCAAGACAUCUGAAGACAGAAGGUGAUGGCUAAGUACAGUGCAAUCGGAAAGUAUUCAGACCCCUUGACUAAAAUUGUUUAAAUUGUUUUUUUUCAUCAUCAAUCUACACACAAUACACCAUAAUGACAAAGCAAAAACAGGUUUUUAAUUUUUUUUGCAAAUGUAUUAAAAAUAAAAAAUAAUAAAAAACGGACUAACAUUUACAUAAGUAUUCAGACCCUUUACUCAAUACUUUGUUGAAGCACCUUUGGCAGCGAUUACAGCCUCGAGUCUUCUUGGGUAUGAUGAUACAAGCUUGCCACACCUGUAUUUGGGGAGUUUCUCCCAUUCUUCUCUGCAGAUCCUCUCAAGCUCUGUCAGGUUGGAUGGGGAGCGUCGCUGCACAGCUAUUUUCAGGUCUCUCCAGAGAUGUUCGAUCAGGUUCAAGUAUGGGCUCUGGCUGGGCCACUCAAGGACAUUCAGAGACUUGUCCCGAAGCCACUCCUGCGUUGUCUUGGCUGUGUGCUUAGGGUCGUUGUCCUGUUGGAAGGUGAACCUUCACCCCAGUCUGAGGUCCUGAGCUCUCCAGAGCAGGUUUUCAUCAAGGAUCUCUCUGUACUUUGCUCCGUUCAUCUUUCCCUCGAUCCUGACUAGUCUCUCAGUCCCUGCCGCUGAAAAACAUCCCCACAGCAUGAUGCUGCCACCACCAUGCUUCACCACAGGAAUGGUGCCAGGUUUCCUCCAGACGUGACGCUUGACAUUCAAUCUUGGUAUCAUCAGACGAGAGAAUCUUGUUUCUUAUGGUCUGAGAGUUCUUUAGGUGCCUUUUGGCAAACUCCAAGCGGGCUGUCAUGUGCCUUUUACUGAGGAGUGGCUUCCGUCUGUCCACUCUACCAUAACGGCCUGAUUGGUGGAGUGCUCUAGAGAUGGUUGUCCUUCUGGAAGGUUCUCCCAUCUCCACAAAAUAACUCUAGAGCUCUGUCAGAGUGACCAUCAGGUUCUUGGUAGCUCAAUUGGUAGAGCAUGGCACUUGUAACGCCAGGGUAGUGGGUUCGAUCCCCGGGACCACCCAUACGUAAAAAUAUAUGCACACAUGACUGUAAGUCGCUUUGGAUAAAAGCGUCUGCUAAAUGGCUUAUUAUUAUUAUUAUUAUUAUUAUUAUUAUUAUUAUUAUUAUUAUUUGGUCACCUCCCUGACCAAAUCCCUUCUCCCCCAUUUGCUCAGUUUGGCCGGGCGGCCAGCUCUAGGAAGAGUCUUGGUGGUUCCAAACUUCUUCCAUUUAAGAAUGAUGGAGGCCACUGUGUUCUUGGGGACCUUCAAUGCUGCAGACAUUUUUUGGUACCCUUCCCCAGAUCUGUGCCUCUGCCUCAACACAAUCCUGUCUCGGAGCUCUACGGACAAUUCCUUCGACCUUAUUGCUUGGUUUUUGCUCUGAAAUGCAACUGUGGGACCUUAUAUAGACAGGUGUAUGCCUUUCCAAAUCAUGUCCAAUCAAUUGAAUUUACCACAGGUGGACUCCAAUCAAGUUGUAGAAACAUCUCAAGGAUGAUCAAUGGAAACAGGAUGCACCUGAGCUCAAUUUCGAGUCUCAUAGCAAAGGGUCUGAAUACUUAUGUAAAUAAGGUAUUUCUGUUUUUUAUUUUUAAUAAAUUAGCAAAAAUGUCUAAAAAUCUGUUUUUGCUUUGUCGUUAUGGGGUAUUGUGCAUAGAUUGAUGCUAUUUUUUAUUCAUUUUAGAAAAGGCUGUAACGUAACAAAAUGUGGAAAAAGGGAAGGGGUCUGAAUACUUUCCGAAUGCAUUGUAUGUGCCAUUAACCCCCUCCCUCCUGUCACUUCAGAGAGGACCUGGGGUUCAGGUGGAUGUCGGAGCAGGUAAGCCACCACCCCCCCGUCAGCGCCUUCCAUGCUGAGGGCCUGCAGGAGGACUUCCUGUUCCACGGCUCCAUCUACCCCAAACUCAAGUUCUGGGGCAAGAGUGUGGAGGCAGAGCCUAGAGGCAUCAUCACCCUGGAGCUGCCCAAGUGAGUCUGGAGCUGACAUUCCCUCAAUAGCUUUCCCUUAGUGAGGGUUUGGCUUGGAGUGUCCUUGAAUUGGCCUUUAUCUCCCAGUAAAGCUAGCAAUAAAUCUAUUCUGGGAGCUUUUUGUAAAGCCUGGAUGAAAUUAAUAAAUGAAAUGUAAACAAUGUUGAAGCUUAAAGGACAUUUGUAAUCUCCCUGAAGUAGUUUGGUAUGAGUUGGCAUAUCUAAGUGGACAUGGUUGGUGAGAGGUUAUCUGCUGCUAUGUAUGACAUGUUCUCCGUCUCUGCAGAUACAACGAAGCGUACACCUGGACAAACCCCACUUGCUGUGUACACAACAUCAUCGUGGGCCAGCUGUGGAUCGAGCAGUAUGGCAAUGUGGAGGUGAUCAACCACAAGUAAGGGAGACUACCUUGCCGUGUGUGUGCAGUAGUGUGGAUCCACGUUUGUUUCCAGUUGAUUGAGCAAUGUAACAGACCUGGGACAGAUACUUGCCUUUACAAAGGAGAUAGACUGAGCAGCUACAUGGUAGUUGUUUGAAAGCAUUGUCUCACGGUGAGAAAUAGUGAACGAGAAUAUGUAAACAAAGGCUUGUCUUUCUGUGACAGGACCGGAGAGAGAUGCAGCCUGACGUUCAGACCAAGUGGCCUCUUUGGUAAGGAGCUGCACAAAGUGGAGGGCUACAUUCUGGAUAAAAGGUACUUGUGGCCUUUCUUUUGUUACGAAUUGGAGAUGUUUGGUAUUGCAUUGCUGGCCAGGUCUCCCUGGUAAAAGAGGUAUCCUGACCUCAAUGGGACUCCCUGGAUAAAUAAAGGUUAAAGCUGCAAAAUGUAACUUUUUGGGCGACCCGACCAAAUACACAUAGCAAUUAUCAUUGAAAGCAAGUCUAAGAAGCGGUAGAUCUCUUCUAUGUGCGGUAUUUCUAUACUUCCCGUUCUUAAGGUUCAUUUUUGAGUAUUUUACUUUCAGUUUUGUACAACAACUUCAAACAGCUGAAUUUUAGCAACCAGGAAAUGGCGGAGCGAUUUCUGCAUAUUGCACCUUUUUAAAUAAAAAAUAAUAAUAAAUGUUACAACCUGAUUCUUUACGGAUUGUGUUCCUCACUGAGGGGACAUCUAAUUACCAAAGAAAAGGCUAUAAUACAUUUUGCGUGUGUGUGUGCAGCAAAAAUAAGCUCUGUGCCAUCUACGGUAAAUGGACCGAGUGCUUAUACACUGUGGACGCUGACACUUUUGAUGCUCACAAGAAAUCUGACAAGAAGAACUCAGAGGAGAAGAAAAGCAACAAGCAGGUACAGUAUGAUGUGCACUAAUCAAAAACACACCGUAUCAAAAACAAGGAAGUGCCUCGAGCCCCAUUGGGGUGAUUAUGUAACUAUUAUGAUCUUUGAAUUAUGUUGAUAUAUUUUUCAUUAUCUGUUAGGUGAAAUAAGCUAUAUACUAUACCUUAUGUCAGUCCAGUGCUGUUCAGUACUAUUCAUAGAUUCAGAUGAUAAUGUAGUGAUAAAUGGAAAUAAAUAUUACUCAAUAAGCCACCAAGGGUGACAUUUUCGUCGUGCAAAUGCCAUGGUCGCAUUCCCCUGCUCAGACAUUGCAUGCAUCAACCAAUGGUUGCGUGCCACGUCAUCGACUGUGCCGUCGGGCACCAGAUUGCAAUAAAAUAUGUGACUUAGCUGAUACUUAAAAUACCUAUCCAUAAACUUCAUUGUAAUCUGGCAGCGUGAUAUAAUUUUAAACUUUUAGUCAACAAUAUGUGUUAUAGGGAGGUGAUUAUUUGACUAGAGUUUAGUAAACUGAGCAAUAUAUAAAUAGUAAAUUCAUAAUAGCCACAUUGUUGAAGAAACAUUUCAAAUUAAAUCGUGCUGCUAGAUUACAAUGAGGUUUAUGGUAAAUUUGACACUUAACACAUUGCUUUCGCACCAUGAAAAUGAUCCUUUUGCUCCAUGCUCAUGAAUGAGUGGUAUUUAAGCAACCUUUAAGCUCAUUUUGGAGUGAGGACCCGUGAUAUGACCGAAUAAUUAGCUAUUGGUAGGCCAUACCUGUUUGAAGGUUGCGUGUGUCCCCCUGUCUGUCCCUCCAGACCAGUGUAGACGAGGAGCCAGAGGAGAUGCCCCUGCCUGACGGAGACACGGUCCAGGUCAUCCCAGGAAGUGAGCUGAUCUGGAGGAUAGCCCCCCGGCCAGACAACUCUGCAGAGGUGAGAGGGGAGGAGCGGCAGGGGGUGGGAGAGGCAGGGGGUAUUUUAUUAGGAUCCCCAUUAGCUGUUGCAAAAGCAGCAGCUACUCUUCCUGGGGUCCACACAAAACAUGAAACAUGACAUAAUACAGAACAUUAAUAGACAAGAACAGCUCAAGGACAGAACUACAUAUAUUUUUUUAAAAGGCAGACGUAGCCUACAUAUCAAAACAUACACACAAACGUGAGGUGUUGCUUUAUAUGUUUUUUGAAACCAGGUUUGCGGUUUAUUUGAGCAAUAUGAGAUGGAACGGAGUUCCAUGCAAUAAUGGCUCUAUAUAAUACUGUACACUUUCUUGAAUUUGUUCUGGAUUUGGGGACUGUGAAAACACCCCUGGUGGGAUGUCUGGUGGGGUGAGUGUGUGUGUCAGAGCUGUGUGUAAGUUGACUAUACAAACAAUUUGGGAUUCAACACAUUGUUUCUUGUAAAAGUGAUGUAGUCAGUCUCUCCUCAACUCUUAGCCAAGAGAGACUGGCAUGCAUAGUAUUUAUAUCAGCCCUCUGAUUACAAUGAAGAGCAAGAUGUGCCACUCUUUUUGGGCCAGCUGCAGCUUAACUAGGUCUUUCCUUGCAGCACUGGACCACAUGACUGGACAUUAAUCAAGAUAAGACAAAACUAGAGCCUGCAGAACUUGCUUUUUGGAGUGUGAUGUCAAAAAAGCAGAGCAUCUCUUUAUUAUGGACAGACCUCUCACCAUUUUUACAACCAUUGAAUCUAUAUGUUUUGACCAUGAUAGUUUACAAUCUAAGGUAACGCCACAUAAUUUAGUCUCCUCAACUUGUUCAACAGCCACACCAUUCAUUACCAGAUUCAGCUGAGGUCUAGAACUUAGGGAAUGAUUUGUACCAAAUACAAUGCUCUUAGUUUUAGAGAUGUUCAGGACCAGUUUAUUAGUGGCCACCCAUUCCAAAACAGACUGCAACUCUUUGUUAAGGGUUUCAGUGACUUCAUUAGCUGUGGUUGCUGAUGUGUAUAUGGUUGAAUCAUAAGCAUACAUGGACACAAAUGCUUUGUCUAAUGCCAGUGGCAGGUCAUUGGUAAAAAUAGAAAAGAGUAGAGGGCCUAGAGAGCUGCCCUGUGGUACAGCACAGGGUGAGAGGGAAUGGGACGAGCAGUUCUGGGGGAUAGCUCUCCGACCAGACAACUGCAGGGAUCACAGGCAUGAGAGAGUACUGUAUUAGGGGGAUUACUAAAAGGCAGAAAUCUGGGAUUUACUGAUGAUAUUUUUAGCCUUCUUGAGUGAUUCAACUGGUUGUCAGUUUGACUCAGUUAUUGAUUUGUUGAAUCCUCUCUCUCUCUCUCUCUCUCUCUCUCUCUCUCUCUCUCUCUCUCUCUCUCUCUCUCUCUCUCUCUCUCUCUCUCUCUCUCUCUCUCUCUCUCUCUCUCUCUCUCUCUCUCUCUCUCUCUCUCUCUCUCUCUCUCUCUCUCUCUCUCUCAUAGUUCUAUGCCUUCUCCACAUUUGCCAUGCAGCUGAAUGAGCUGGAGGAGGGCAUGAAGGGGGUCCUACCCCCCACAGACUGUCGACUCAGGCCUGACAUCAGACAUAUGGAGAAAGGAGACAUGGGUAUGGUGAUAAAGUUAUAGUUAUAUAGGGCAUUGUGUUGUUGUGAAUGAUCAAAGCAUUGUGUCCACAUCUGGUGUUCAGUAAUUUAUAUUUUGAUAUAUGUUAAAAUAUUUCUCAGAUUCGGCAAGUGCAGAGAAGAAGAGGGUAGAGGAAAAACAAAGACUGUCCCGGAAAAAUCGUUCGAAGUCGACCGAGGAAUGGAAAACAAGGUGAGUGAUUGGGUCCUCUACCUCCUGGAACCUCUGCUUCUGCUGUGCAAACUCUCAUUGGAUGUAUGCUAACGCUAAUGCUAGGCCUGCUUUGCUAAUUAUCCCACAUUUGUGUCAUCCUGUGCUGUGUGUUAUGCUCUCCCCACUGUGUUGUCAUUGAGAAGGAACCCAGCUCUUGGCCCCAGGUUUGGCUCUGCUUGUCUGGUGUGUCUUUUGGUUGUUGUUGUGGUUCACUGUUUGAGUGCUGCACUAUACUGCCUCCCUCAGGACAGCUUUAGAACGGCAGCAAAUGCAUUGACUAAAACACUGAUCAUGCAACUUCACAACCUGAGUGUAGUUGACUCCUGAUAAGUACAGUGCCUUCAGAAUGUAUUCACACACCUUGACUUGUUCCACAUUUUGUUGUAAUACAGCUUGAAUUUAAAAUGCAUUAAAUAGAGAUUUUGUGUCACUGGCCUACACACCUUGAUAAUGUCAAAGUGGAAUUACGUUUUUAGACAUUUUUACAAAUUAAAAACGAAACGCUGAAAUGGCUUGAGUCAAUAAGUAUUCAACCCCUUUGUUAUGGCAAGCCUAAAUAAGUUCAGGAGUAAAAAAUUACUUAACAAGUCACAUAAGUUGCAUGGACUUACUGUGUGCGAUAAGUGUUUAACAUGAUUUUUGAAUGACUACCUCAUCUCUCAACCCCACACAUACAAUUACUUUUAAGGUCCCUUAGUCGAGCAGUGAAUUUCAAACACAGAUUCAACCACAAAGACCAGGGAGGUUUUCCAGUGCCUCGCAAAGAAGGAAAAAAUUAAAUAAAAAAGAGACAUUGAAUAUCCCUUUGAGAAUGUUUAAGUUAUUAAUUACACUUUGGAUGGUGUAUCAAUACACCCAGUCACUACAAAGAUACAGGCGUCCUUCCUAACUCAGUUGCCGGAGAUGAAGGAAACCGCUCCGGGAUUUCACCAUGAGACCAAUGGUGACUUUAAAACAGUUAUAGAGUUAAAUGGCUGUGAUAGGAAACUGAGGAUGGAUCAACAACAUUGUAGUUACUCCACAAUACUAAGCUAAAUGACAGAGUUAAAAGAAGGAAACCUGUACAGAAUAAAAAUAUUCCAAAACAUGUAUCCUGUUUGCAUAAAGGAAAACUGCAAAAAAUGUGUUAACCUCUUAAAUGUAAUGGCAAAAUGUAGAUUUCCGCCUAAUUAGACAUACCUAAAAGUAACUGCUAUUCAUGUGUAAUCACAUGAUUCUGACAUGCCAAAACUUGGUAUAUUUGGAAAGAAGACAUCUGGGAUAUUAUGAGGAAAUGAUCAGAAGAUAGAUCGGAGUUACAUAGCUCAGAAUACACAAGAUCAAGCACACACAAAAUAAUGUUUUUGUGUUUUUUUAUUGUUUUAUUUUGAAAGUCAUCUUUCAUUGACAAGCUAUAAGUUAAUUAUUGAUGCCCAGAUCUGGAAACACAUCAGAUGGCUUCUACAAUAUGUGAACAAUAUUUUGGGCAGAUGUUUUAGUAAGUGAUGUCAGGUGUGGUCACGGGACGUUUCCAAGUGUCCCUAAACCUCUCCAAAGUGGCAUAUGUCUGUAAAGUAGAUAAUUCCAGUGCUAUCACAUAUUUGCAAUACCUAAAUGCUAUUUGUUCAGCAUAAAAACAAAAUGUCUACCAAAUCAACCUCACUCAAACAUUGUGGUGAUGUUAUGGGGUAUCCAGGGUACAUUCAAGUGUCCUUUCAACCUCUCCAAAGUGUCCAAAUGUGGUAAUUGCACUGUUUUUGCACACUGGAUGUGCCUAAAAGUUAUUGUUCACUAUAAAAACUAACUUUCUACAACACCAACCUCUCUCAAACGUUGUUGUGGUGUCGGGGGACAUACAGGAGAUAUCCAAGUGUUUUUUCAACCUCUCUAAGGUGCCUGAAUGUUUAGCCUAGGCAUAUCCCAUGCAUUGGUCCCACAUACAAAUGAACUGUUUACAAAAACAAUAUAAAAGCAACAGCUAUACAUAAAAAUAAAAAUGUCUUAUCAAACACAAACUUGGUUACACAUGUGUCCUUCACUAAAAAAGGUGCAAAAAUAGAAAUAAGCUGAACUAUUUACAAAUGGAAUUCGUGUUCGUUUUACAUCCCAGGUGUAGAUGAUUAGAUUUCACUUUCACUGUAGCUUGUGCAUGUUGUGAUAAUCUUUGAAGCAGUCCCUCUCUGCCAGGAAAGAAAGAGCAGAAGAUCUGGCUUUUUUCCCCAGUGUGUUUUGUGCAAUGCUUUCAGUUCUUCCUUUUGUUUUUUGGCAUGUGUGUUGGAUAGUGGCGCUCACCUUAAGUGGGAGGUCUUGUGAUGGUUGUGAGGUUUCCAUUUCCAACACCAGCUGCUCUCAGAAGGCCAACUGGGAGAGAGGGGUUUUGACCUUUUGCUUUGGCCAUCUGUUUGUGGAGAAUUAAUGCAUUUACUGUAGCAAUGUCCAGAAAGUGGUAAAAAAAAGUAUUCUACCACUUCCUGGUCUUGUGGAGGACCUGGUAGUAGCCUAUCAGAGCAUCAGAUAGGUCGACACCCCCCAUGCUGGCAUUGGACAGUGAACUAAUAUGAAAGAUAGACAAUAACUACUUUGGAAUUAUAUAACAUUGAAAUUAGUUGUUACAUAGGCCUAUGUAAACUAAAUCCAAAGCACAAAAAGCAGACAAUUUAUAAAAAAUGAAAUACAUAUAGUAAAUUAGCUCUAUAAAGUCAUAAAUAAUUUACUUACAGAUCUAAAAGUGGAUCCAAUCCUUCUAGAAACCAAUCUUCGUUGUCCAAAUCGCUCCCCUGAUCCGAGUCCAACACCAGUAUUUGCUUCUAUGUCGGUAUACUUAUUCAUAGCUGCCUUUUUUUUAGCUUCCUCUUCGAUAUUCUUAGUUUUUUGUAAGUGCUCGGUGUGUCUCGUCUCUGAGCCAGGUAGCAAUAGUUCGCAUUACGCAUAAAAGGUACUAGGCCUUGCUUUGUCUCACCCAGGUCAACUGCAUAACCAUGGAAAGCUUAUUUACAUUUUAGUCAUUUAGCAGACGCUCUUAUCCAGAGCGACUUACAGUUAGUGCGUGCAUACAUUAAAUUUUUUUUAAAUAAGUCAUACUGGCCCCCCGUGGGAAUCGAACCCACAACCCUGGCGUUGCAAGCGCCAUGCUCUACCAACUGAGCUACACGGGGCUUAUCUCAUUGGCUACAAGACUGUCAAGGUGCCAUAGUAGCCAAUCCCCUGUGUAAUGGAUGCCUAUGGCACGUAAGCAGGCGAUAUUUUUGAUGCGCAAAGAUAUAGUCACUCGGUGGACAUUCAAUGUUGCCAUUAAGUCAUACAUCAUCAGAUAACAUUGGCAAUAGGCUAGAUGUGUUCCUACCAACCUAGGAUUAAUUUCAUAUCCCCCAUGUAGCUAUAGCUCAAACACAGACCAAAUCAAAUUUUAUUUGUCACAUACACGUGUUUAGCAGAUGUUAUAGCGGGUGUAGCGAAAUGCUUGUGCUUCUAGCUCCGACAGUGCAGUUAUAUCUAACAAUUUCACAACAUAUACACACAAAACUAGUAAGGAAUGGUGUUUAAGAAUAUAUACUAUACAUAUAUGGACAAGCAAUGACAGAGCGGCAUGGACUAAGAUACAGUAGAAUAUUAUAGAAUAGAAUGCAGUAUAUACAUACAGUGGGGGAAAAAAGUAUUUAGUCAGCCACCAAUUGUGCAAGUUCUCCCACUGAAAAAGAUGAGAGGCCUGUAAUUUUCAUCAUAGGUACACGUCAACUAUGACAGAAAAAAUGAGAGAGAAAAAAAUCCAGAAAAUUAUAUUGUAGGAUUUUUAAUGAAUUUAUUUGCAAAUUAUGUUGGAAAAUAAGUAUUUGGUCACCUACAAACAAGCAAGAUUUCUGGCUCUCACAGACCUGUAAAUUCUUCUUUAAGAGGCUCCUCUGUCCUCCACUCGUUACCUGUAUUAAUGGCACCUGUUUGAACUUGUUAUCAGUAUAAAAGACACCUGUCCACAACCUCAAACAGUCACACUCCAAACUCCACUAUUGCCAAGACCAAAGAGCUGUCAAAGGACACCAGAAACAAAAUUGUAGACCUGCACCAGGCUGGGAAGACUGAAUCUGCAAUAGGUAAGCAGCUUGGUUUGAAGAAAUCAACUGUGGGAGCAAUUAUUAGGAAAUGGAAGACAUACAAGACCACUGAUAAUCUCCCUCGAUCUGGGGCUCCACGCAAGAUCUCACCCCGUGGGGUCAAAAUGAUCACAAGAACGGUGAGCAAAAAUCCCAGAACCACACGGGGGGACCUAGUGAAUGACCUGCAGAGAGCUGGGACCAAAGUAACAAAGCCUACCAUCAGUAACACACUAUGCCGCCAGGGACUCAAAUCCUGCAGUGCCAGACGUGUCCCCCUGCUUAAGCCAGUACAUGUCCAGGCCCGUCUGAAGUUUGCUAGAGUGCAUUUGGAUGAUCCAGAAGAGGAUUGGGAGAAUGUCAUAUGGUCAGAUGAAACCAAAAUAUAACUUUUUGGUAAAAACUCAACUCGUCGUGUUUGGAGGACAAAGAAUGCUGAGUUGCAUCCAAAGAACACCAUACCUACUGUGAAGCAUGGGGGUGGAAACAUCAUGCUUUGGGGCUGUUUUUCUGCAAAGGGACCAGGACGACUGAUCCGUGUAAAGGAAAGAAUGAAUGGGGCCAUGUAUCGUGAGAUUUUGAGUGAAAACCUCCUUCCAUCAGCAAGGGCAUUGAAGAUGAAACGUGGCUGGGUCUUUCAGCAUGACAAUGAUUCCAAACACACCGCCCGGGCAACGAAGGAGUGGCUUUGUAAGAAGCAUUUCAAGGUCCUGGAGUGGCCUAGCCAGUCUCCAGAUCUCAACCCCAUAGAAAAUCUUUGGAGGGAGUUGAAAGUCCAUGUUGCCCAGCGACAGCCCCAAAACAUCACUGCUCUAGAGGAGAUCUGCAUGGAGGAAUAGGCCAAAAUACCAGCAACAGUCUGUGAAAACCUUGUGAAGACUUACAGAAAACGUUUGACCUGUGUCAUUGCCAACAAAGGGUAUAUAACAAAGUAUUGAGAAACUUUUGUUAUUGACCAAAUACUUAUUUUCCACCAUAAUUUGCAAAUAAAUUCAUUAAAAAUCCUACAAUGUGAUUUUCUGGAUUUUCUUUUCUCAUUUUGUCUGUCAUAGUUGACGUGUACCUAUGAUGAAAAUUACAGGCCUCUCAUCUUUUUAAGUGGGAGAACUUGCACAAUUGGUGGCUGACUAAAUACUUUUUUCCCCCACUGUAUUUGGGAGAUUAUUUCCUUUUCAGAUAACUGAAAGUGAGAGGUUGUAAUAUGAAUAAAGGGGAAAAGGCCAUUCUUGAACAUUGGGUGAGACUAUUUUACUAAUUUGCUAGAGAACCAGUUCGGAUUUAAGUAUAAUUUUUGUAUGACUUAAGCUUUUAGUGAUAGGUCUAAUGCUUUAAUAUUUAAUAAUUUCUGUCCUCCGAAUUCAUAUUCAUUAUAUAAAUAGGCCCGUUUAAUUUUGUCUGGUUUGCCAUUCCAUUUAAAAUGGAAUAUUUUUUUUCUGAUAAUUUAAAAAACUAUUUUCCACCAUAAUUUGCAAAUAUAUUCAUUAAAAAUCCUACAAUGUGAUUUUCUGGAUUUUCUUUUCUAAUUUUGUCUGUCAUAGUUGACGUGUACCUAUGAUGAAAAUUACAGGCCUCUCUCAUCUUUUUAAGUGGGAGAACUUGCACAAUUGGUGGCUGACUAAAUACUUUUUUUCCCCACUGUACAUUCGUAUGCCCAUAUAUGGUAGUAAGUCACACCAAAGAUUUUAAGGCACAGAUCAAUAGCCAAGAUACUCAGCUUUCCGCAGACACCCUGCUUUUGCAGAUAGGGGCUACCAUACUCAUACCAGACUGAAUUGAAUAAAAAAAUCUAAUAGGGUCCCCAAAUUCACCUUAUGUCCUGAAUACAAAGCGUUAUGUUUGGGGCAAAUCCAAUACAUCACUGAUUACCACUCUUCAUAUUUUCAAGCAUGUUGGUGGCUGCAUCAUGUUAUGGGUAUGCUUGUCAUCAGCAAGGACUAGGGAGCUAAGCACGGGCAAAAUCCUAGAGGAAAACCUGCUUCAGUCAGCUUUCCAACAGACGCUGGGAGACAAAUUCACCUUUCAGCAGGUUUAUAACAUAAAAGACAAGGCCAAAUAUAUACUGAGUAUACCUAACAUUAGGAACAACUUCCUAAUAUUGAGUUGUAUCCCCCUCCUUUUUUGGCCCCCAGAACAGCCUCUAUUUGUUGGGGGAUGGACCCUACAAGGUGUCAAAAUUGUUCCACAGGAAUGCUGGCCCAUAUUGACUCCCACAGUUGUCAAGUUGGCUGGAUGUUCUUUGGGUGGUAGACCAUUCUUGAUACACACGGGAAACUGUUGAGAGUGAAAAACCUAGCAGCGUUGCAGUUCUUGACAUAAACCGGUGUGCCUGGCACCUAUUACCAUACCACGUUCAAAGGCACUUAAAUAUUUUGUCUUGCCCAUUCACCCUCUGAAUGUGACACAUACACAAUCUAUGUCUCAAUUGUCUCAAGGCUUACAAAUCCUUCUUUAACCUGUCUCCCCCCCUUCAUCUACACUGAUAAAACACAAAGGGCCAGUGGUGUAGAGGUGCCUUAGUAUAUGUAAUUCCCAAACAUUCUAAGAAUCUAUGAAAACGUGACCAUAUCUAAGUGGUCGCUUGUCAGAAAAUGUUUUAAAAAGUGUAAUAUUCUUCCGGGGGGUGUAUAUGAACAGAUUUUAAUACGAUUUCAUGUUGCUAAAAUGCUGUCAGUUCCACUUUAAAUGCAACAACGUUUCACGAACAUAAGUUAUUUUCAAAGAGAUUGCUAACAACAGCAAGUGUGCUGCUAUAAAAAACAGUUCCAAUCACCAGAUGAUGAUCAUUUGAAACUUAAUUUGUUAUUCUUGAAAAUUAGCAACAUCUUCUUUGAUAACACCUGCUGCAGCCACUGCAAACUAGCCGACAACAAAAGCUAGCUAGCUAGACCGUGGGAAAACUACUCGCUAUUGCGCAGUGACCUGUUCGCCUUCAAGAAGGCAGACGUUUCCAUAAGUGUUUGUAAAAACAGUCCCACCCAUUAAGUCAAAAUGUGAUUCCACUGUCACUCCCAAAUUUUGCCCUAAUACAAUUGCAUGGCAGAUGCCUUUAUCUAGCUUCUGGUGGCCUAGUCAAUGGCUGAUUUAGCUAGCUAGAUUUAUCUCCCCAGAGGCCAGCAAAGAAAAAUCCUGAUUGGAUCUUUUUUUCUCUUCAGCGUUAACCCUUUAAUUUCCAACAAAAACCGAAGAGAUUAAAUCAGAACAUCAUUGAAAAUAAUAAGAUCAUUAUGAAAUAAUUAGUAUAUUAUUAUAAUCAUUAUUUUAUAAAUCCUUAGCCCUUCUCUGAAGGCGUAGAAGGCCCAUUGUUCUCCACUGUGUUUGGGUUAGUAAUAAAUUGUAGAGUGGCUCUAUUUUCCCUCAGCAUGCAUUUCUUUCACUAUUCUGAAUGUCUUAAGAAUCCAUAUUUUGUUCUGAAAUAUGAACACAGAAAUACUGGACAUUUUGAAAUCUUAUUAUGGUGGUGAUUUGACAAAAUUACAAUCAUGGUCUUGAAUUGUCCCGGAUAUCUGCAUGCUCCAGUUUGCAUGAAUACACAAAAGACCCAAGCUAUAUAGAGAAACAACACAUUUUCAAUUGAAGCUUAGUUUGUUAAACCCCACCAUCAGGAGUUGAAUUUACUGGAUAUUACGAAGUUUGUUUGUGUGGGUUUGUAUUUAUCACAAUCAUCAUGUAAAACUAUCAUGCCUGUGCCUGGAUACUCGUAUCUGUGCUAGUUUAUCUGACUUGGUUACUCUUGUUGCUCCCAUAUAGGUGGUUCCACCAGGGCCUCAACCCCCACAACAAAGCUCAGGACUGGCUCUACUCCAACAGCUACUGGGACCGGAACUACUCCCUGCUGCCUGAUAUAUACUGACCCACAGGACACACACCACAUACACAUCUCUAUCUGUACACACCUCGUCUUAACUCGCUCUGCUAUUUUUUAUAUUCUGACACUGGAACUCUGACAUUUUCUCAGAGGGUUCAUUGAAGGGGGAGAAAGUUAGUCCUGGUCAGGUCAUGUGGUCAGGAAAAAUUAGUUAUGGUGUCAACAUAGGCAAGGUUAAGGGAGAGUUCUGGCCUUAAUCAUUUCAAAGCCUGCUCUGGACCUACUAUUGUCCUUUACUGUCAUUCAAUUCCCAGCAUCAGCCUUACCCAUGUACCUGCAACAACCAUUCAGUAGUCCCCAAACAUAUCUCCUAUCAUAGCCUAUGUCUCACUCAAAGCACAAUUGUGAAGCCCUCAUGAGUCUGUAAGCUAUGGUCAUCGACCAGUGUGUAUAUAAUUAUAAUAAAACUGUAGGGUGUAACCUGCCUGUCAUUUUAACAAUGGGAGUGUUUUGAAUGGAGUG